CACAAACGUUGUUCUUCAUCGAGCUGUUUUAGAUCUGCUUGAAGUUUGUUGAUUUGUGUUGUGGAGGAAGUUUUUUUGAAAGCAAGAAGAGAAGAAGAAGAUGUUGGGGAUAUUCAACAAAGGGUUUGUUCAGCCGCCGCAGGAGCUUAAUAGCCCGGCGCCAUUGAAAUCCUCUGUGAAGCCCAAGCUUUCACAAGAGAUUCUCAGGGAUUUUGUUUCUCAUGAUUCUGGUAAUGCUGUCUCCAUCAGCUUUGGAGAUGGAACCUCUUUUUCUUAUCUCCCACCAGAGAAACCAUUUUCCAUUCAUCAGAGUAUGUUCUGUGCUGUGGAUGGAAUAUACUGCAUUUUCCGGGGGAGCUUAAACAAUCUGUGCCAUCUGAUCAAGCAGUAUGGGCUAUCAAAGGGCACCAAUGAGGCGAUGUUCGUGAUUGAGGCCUACAGGACUCUCCGUGACCGUGGCCCAUACCCGGCCGAUCAGGUCCUCAAAGAUCUGGACGGCAGCUUUGGCUUUGUGGUCUUUGAUGACAAUGCAAAAACUGUGUUUGCUGCUCUGGGUGGGAAUGAAGAAAUCAGGCUGUUCUGGGGGAUUUCAGCUGAUGGUUCUGUGAUAAUUUCUGAUAAGUUGGAGGUUGUAAAAGCAAGUUGUGGUAAAUCAUUUGCGCCAUUCCCUAGUGGGUGCAUGUUUCACAGUGAGCAUGGAUUGAAGAGCUUUGAGCAUCCAACGAAGAAAAUGAAGGCAGUGCCUAGGAUUGAUAGCGAGGGGGUCAUGUGUGGGGCCAACUUCAAGGUUGAUGUCCAAUCGAAGAUCAACAGCAUGCCACGUGUUGGCAGCGAAGCCAACUGGGCACUAUGGGGCUCAGAAUCCUGACCAUUCAAUCGAGAUUCUUAAAUUCAAUUAUGUGAAACCCCCUCAUCCCCCUAAAGGCUGGAUUUUAUGUUAAUUUUUCUGGUUGUAGAGAGUUUAAAUUGACGUGCAGUUCUUGUAAAUAUAAAUAUAAAUAAAAUAAUGUUGUUUUAAAGUAUUA